GGCACUCCUAUCCCGCCUACUUACUACAACACAAAAUACGUCCUCGGGCCAAGCUCAGACAAAACUGGUCAAGUUUGACCCCGACGAAGCUGACGCAGACAUACAAGGUUGGUGCAAUGUUACCGAAAUUGUAGUGAAUAGCCGUAAUCUGACGGGGCCCGAGCUAUUGCUUGCUCUUACGCAUGCUUUAAAGGGACGUGCCGCUAAAUGCCUUACCUCGCUAAAAUGUAAUGACUUAACAUGGCCCCGUAUAAAACAAAUAUUGCUUGCUAAGUUUAAUCGGCCGAUGCUAAUGCAGGACUAUUUUGACGAUAUCCUUAAGUUUCAAAUAGGAAGCAAAGAAUCCGCCACGGAAGCGGCAGCACGUUUAUGGAACAUUAUCGAACGUGUCCCAAAGGUGGAAAUGAACGAGGAAGUUGUCACCGGAUUUGCUAUUUCGGUUCUCUCGCAGAAAGACCCCUUAAUUCGCAGAGAAUUAAACUCGCACGUGGUCUCGACAAGGGCCCAGCUCUGCAGGAUCCUGAGCGGUAUAUCACUGAAGAGACGCCACGAUGAUCAUGACACUAAUGAAACGGACUCAAAGAAGAUUCGUUUAACUAGCUCCUCGGACACGCGUUUCUCGGGCACCUGCCACUUCUGUGGUAACCGAGGACAUAAAAUUGAAGACUGCCGCAAGCGACGCGAUUCCAUAAAAUCAAAGGAUACCAUAAAGCUACCGGAGAAAGAAAAAGAGAAGAUCUGCUUCACCUGUGGAAAAGCGGGACACAUCAGCACCAUCUGCCCUGACGGAAAGAAGAAACCAUCCAACGAGAUGAUUCCGCGCAAGGAAGUCCACAUCUGCGAGCGGCGAUCAGCCAGAGGUAUCCUGUCGACAUCGUCUGAUGCUCCACCGGAUCAAUAAUCGCACGAGGGCGUGCGACGGUCA